AUGUCUCCAAUUGGUAUAGUUCCACUACCAAUAUAUAAUUGUAGUAUGGCUUUAUCAAGAUUAUCUUCAGCUAGAAUUUUCUCUUUACAAACACAAAGUCUUAUCAAUGGAGCACGUUUUUGCUCUUCAAAACCAGAUGCUGACUUGGUUGUUAUUGGUGGUGGUCCAGGAGGUUAUGUUGCUGCUAUUAAAGCUGCCCAACUUGGAAUGAAAACUAUUUGUGUUGAGAAAGAUUCAACACUUGGUGGUACAUGUUUAAAUGUUGGUUGUAUUCCUUCAAAGUCCCUUCUUAAUAAUUCUCAUUAUUAUCAUAUGGCUAAGCAUGGAGAAUUAACUGCAAGAGGUAUUGAAUGUAGUGCUACUCUUAACUUGGAUAAAAUGAUGGCAGCUAAAGCUAAUUCUGUCAAAGCACUCACUAGUGGUAUUGCUAUGCUUUUCAAAGCAAACAAAGUUGGUCACAUUCAAGGACACGGUACAAUUGUUGGACCAAAUCAAGUAAGUGUUAAAAAAAGUGAUGGUUCUACACAAGUUGUUAGCACUAGAAAUAUUCUUGUUGCUACUGGUAGUGAAGUUACUCCAUUUAAUGGAAUACAAAUUGAUGAAGAAAACAUUGUUUCAUCUACUGGAGCUUUAUCUUUAAAAAAAGUACCAAAAAAGAUGGUUGUUAUUGGAGCUGGUGUUAUUGGGCUUGAACUUGGAUCUGUUUGGCAAAGACUUGGAGCUGAAGUUACAGCUGUUGAAUUUUUAGGACAUGUUGGUGGAAUGGGAAUUGAUAUGGAAGUAUCAAAGAAUUUCCAAAAAAUUUUAGGAAAACAAGGGUUUAAAUUUCUUCUUAAUACUAAAGUUAUGGGAGCUAAAAAAAAUGGUGAAAAUAUAUCUGUUGAAGUUGAAGGAGCUAAAGAUGGUAAAAAACAAACACUUGAUUGUGAUACACUUUUAGUAUGUAUUGGAAGAAGACCAUAUACAAAAAAUCUCGGAUUAGAAAGUGUUGGAUUAAAAGUUGACAGUAAAGGAAGAAUACCUGUAAAUGAACGUUUCCAAACAUCAGUUAAAUCUAUCUUUGCUAUUGGUGAUGUUAUUGAUGGACCAAUGCUUGCACAUAAAGCUGAAGAUGAAGGAAUUCUUGCUGUUGGUGGAAUGUGUGGUGGAGAUACACAUCUUGAUUAUAAUUGUAUUCCAUCAGUUGUAUAUACUCAUCCAGAAGUUUCAUGGGUUGGUAAAAGUGAAGAAGAUCUUAAGAAAGCUAAUGUUGCAUACACAGUUGGUAAAUUCCCAUUCGUUGCUAAUUCAAGAGCUAAAACAAAUAAUGAUCAAGAUGGUUUUGUUAAAGUUUUAUCAGACAAAGCAACAGAUAAACUUCUUGGAGUACAUAUUAUUGGACCAAAUGCUGGUGAAAUGAUUGCUGAGGCAACGCUUGCCUUAGAGUAUGGUGCAUCAUGUGAAGAUAUUGCUCGUGUUUGUCAUCCACAUCCAACCCUCUCAGAAGCUUUCCGUGAAGCAAAUCUUGCUGCUUUUUGCGGAAAACCAAUUAACAGUUUGUAG